UUGCGAUUGUCGAUUUGCCAGUCUCCCAUCUCCUCCUCCGACUACCCGUUCUCUACCUUAUCAGAUCAAGAGGCUCUUGUUGAUGCUCCUGACACCGUGAGGUCUCAAAUGAACUUCAAGAGACUUUCCCUCACUGACAUUACGAUUGACAUCAAGAGGGUCCCUAAGAAAAAGGAACUUCUUGCGGCUAUGGAAGCUGCCGAUGUGAAGAAGAAGUGGGAGAACAGCUCUUGGGGAAGAAAAUUGAUUGUUCAGAAGAGAAGGGCAUCACUCAACGACUUCGAUAGGUUCAAGCUCAUGUUGGCAAAGAUCAAGAAAGUUGGACUUACUCGACAAGAGCUUGCAAAGCUGAAGAAACAGAGUGCCUAAGCAACAUGUGAUACUGAGUUUGCAA